UUGGCAAUAAAUUUAAUUUUUUACUCUCGAUUGAUUUUGACUCGAUUGAAUUGUUGUUGGCCGUGCUGAGAAGCCUAGAGAGCUUAUCGAGCUUAUCUUGCCUGUAUUGCAGGUACUGAAGGACGCAAGCAGCUUUGAGACCAUCCGAAGCCACCUCUUGGAACAGCAGCUCAGCUCACACUACUGUUGCUCCAAAAGUGAAUGUUUGCGUGACUACUCCUCUCUCACCGGCCGGCUACUCUUACGCAGCCACUGACGACCCUGCAACUGUCUCUCACUUCCACUACGAAUCACCACCAACCAACCGACGUUUGGCCAAACUAGAACUAUAAAAAAAUCAUUAAAGUAUAAUUAUUUCAUCUUUUGAAGAAUUUUACUGCACUCAUUUUGCACACAGCAAGUUACAAGUAUGUCUUCGAUGGAAGUCGACAUUCCGCAGCAAGUAAAUAGCUACAAAUACUCUCCACCGACCAACGGUCAUCAUGUACAUUUCGAUACUGAGAUCAAGGUUGUGAAGCUCGCCGCCACAAGCACAGCACCGCAGCAACGUCCCAAACACAAGUCUCGUAGGAGAGCCCGCGUUCCUAACCUUGAGCUGGAAGACGAUGAGAUGUCUGGUGUGAGCAGCACAGGCAAGCCCCCUUCCCCGUCCAAACUAAAGAAGAUGGCUGACAAGGACCGUCAUUCUCGCUCUGGCCGCAGGGGAAAUCCUAAGAAAGGUGGUGCUGGUGGCAAGGGCACAUGGGGCAGUAUCACUGAUCAGAUGUAUGCUGACUCAACAACACAGGAUACUCAUGACCCCAACUACAGCUCUGAGGAUAAUGAUGAAACCACAUAUCUUGUGAGCAGCCCAACAUCCCCUCAAUUGAGCAGUGAGGAGUUUGAAAAGACAGCCACUGAAAUAUUCCUCGAGUACUUUGAUCAUGGUGAUACUGGAGAGGUGGCCAACACUCUAACAGGGCUUUCCAUUAAGAACAACAAGCAUGAGGUUAUUCGUGUGGUUGUGAGCUUGGCUCUGGAGGAGAAAGAUUCCAAUCGCGAGAAGGUCUCUGUACUCAUUUCUGACUUAUAUGGACAAGUUGUGAACGGCCGUGAGGUGGCCAAAGGCUUUGAAUUGGUUCUGUCUCAACUGGAUGACCUCUCUCUGGACACUCCUGAUGCUGCCACUGUAGUGGGCAACUUUAUGGCUCGCUGUGUGGCUGACGAUUGUCUACCUCCGGCCUUUGUCUCUAACUACCCUAAAGUUGACAACAAGAACACUUUUGAUGCCAUGAAAAGGGCCAAGCUCCUGCUGAGUAUGAAACACAGCAUUGCUCGCCUGGACAAUGUGUGGGGAGUGGGCGGAGGUCAAAGGCCUGUCAUGUUCCUCAUCAACAAGAUGAACCUCCUGCUCAAAGAGUACCUCUCCUCUGGUGACUGUGUUGAGGCUAUCCGCUGUCUCAGAGAGUUAGAGGUGCCCCACUUCCAUCAUGAGCUAGUCUAUGAGGCCAUUGUAAUGGUCAUGGAGAAUGCUACUGAAGCUUGUGCUGAGAUGAUGACUGAUCUUCUCCUGUACAUGUAUCAGACUGGCAUCAUUUCCUCUGAUCAGCUCACCACUGGAUUUAUGCGUGUGUUUAGUGAUAUCACUGACAUUGUGUUGGAUAUUCCCAAUGCUUACCACACUCUCAACAAGUUUGUGGAUCGUGGAGUGGCUGCUGGUUUUGUGUCUCCCCAGCUUGCCAUUGAGAGCCCCUCCAGGGGCCGUAAGCGCUACGUGAGUGAGGGAGAUGGUGGUGCUAUCAAAGAGCCAGAAGAUUAAAGCUAAAUUCAACUGUUCCCAAACUGCUAUUUUGAAUAUUUGACCCUGCCUGGUUACGAGUGUUUGUAUUGAUACAUGAUUAUACGAACUGCUGCUGUAUGUGCUGCUGUAUGUGUGUAUCGAUCACCACCUAUAAGAGGAGGUGUUAGCUAGAGUGUGUAUGACAUCUCAUGCAUUCAUUUGUCUCGGUCACUGCCUUGAUUCUGUCAAUCCCAAACCAUCCAUCCAUGUAAACUUUUGUAAUAAAGUGAACCUA